UCACCACUCCGCGGAUUUGAUUUUCUUGACCAAGGGUAUUUUUACCAUCUCAUAAUUGCCGGAUCGUUUCUGGAGUGUUUAUCUUUAUUCAUGUUAUCUUUGUCGAAACUGGAUCAGUACUACCAGGUAAUGUUCCCUGAUUUUCAAAUCUCGGUUUCUGACUCAGUCAGAUAUUUCUCUCUCAAGGAUUAGGCUUGGGUAUCGUGACGGGGCUCUUGUAUGUUCCUAGCGUGGCUGUCAUCUCACAUCACUUCCGACAGAGGCACACACUGGUUAUGAUGUUCAUCGUU